AACCGAGGGCCAGAGCGGCCCACGCGGAACUGGCCCCUAGCGGCCCUUGCUGGCCGGGGGCUCCGCUCCAGAGCCGCAUCCUCUGGCGCCGUGCAGAGCCGCUGUCCUAGCGCCUGGACGUUCCGCACCAGUGGCAGCGGCUGGACCCGAGCGCCUCCGGAACCGAGCCUGAAACACCAGCCCGGUCUUGCGUGUUCUCCCGGUCCCUCCUGCUGCGAAAAGACUCGGCACGCCCCUCUGCACUGCAGUCUCGGGAGGCUGGACAGACCCCCCGGAGUUCCCUCGCCCAACAGCAAAAGCUGCAGUGACAGUCUUGUGUCACCUUAACAAUUAAAGUAAAUGCUAAUAUAUUUGCACCAUCUCUCAGUCGGUACUCUAUAAAUAUUUAGCACGGUACUAGCUACCUUUGUAAGAUCUCAUCUUCCCGUGGAAGGGAGAGAGCAUUGGCAGUUGCUGGGUAAUUUGAAGACUACUGUGGAGGGUUUGGUGUCAGCCAACUGCCCCAAUGUCUGGUCCAAGUAUGGUGGCCUGGAGCGGCUUUGCAGGGACAUGCAGAACAUUCUAUAUCAUGGGCUCAUCCAUGACCAGGUAUUUAGCCGCCAGGCGGAUUACUGGCAGUUUGUGAAAGACAUUCGGUGGCUCAGUCCGCACUCAGCCCUUCAUGUUGAGAAGUUCAUCAGCUUGCAUGAGAAUGACCAGAGCAGCGCCGACGUGAGCGAGCGUGCUGUUGCAGAGCUCUGGCUGCAGCACAGCCUGCAGUGCCACUGCCUCUCAGCCCAGCUCCGGCCUCUGCUUGGGGACAGACAGUAUAUCAGGAAAUUCUACACGGAAACUGCUUUCCUGCUAAGUGACGCCCACGUCACAGCCAUGCUCCAGUGCCUGGAAGCAGUGGAGCAGAACAACCCCCGGCUCCUGGCUCAGAUCGAUGCAUCUAUGUUUGCCAGAAAGCACGAGAGCCCACUGCUGGUUACAAAGAGCCAGAGUCUGACGGCUCUGCCUGGUUCCACGUAUACCCCUCCAGCUAGCUGUGCUCAGCAAUCCUGCUUUGGGUCCUCCUCUAGCCUCCACCAACCCAUGGCCAACCACAGCUCAGAAAGAAGAUCUACUUCCUUUUCGCUUUCUGGCCCUCUCUGGAAACCUCAAGAAGGCAGAGAGCUCUCACCAGCGGAGAGUCAAACCGCCCAAGCUCCGCGGCUUUCAGACUCAGCUCUAGCCCAGGGUUCCCCACUGACCCCACAUGAGAUGAGUUCCAGCCCUCUGACCAGCCCCAUAGAGGCAUCCUGGGUCAGCAGCCAAAAUGACUCCCCAAGUGAUGCCAGUGAGGGGCCUGAGUACCUGGCCAUUGGCAACCCAGACCCCCGUGGCCGGACUGCCAGUUGUCAGAGUCACGGCAGCAAUGCUGACAGUAGCAGCUCCCACUUGUUCUCCUCCAGCAGCUCUCAGAAGCCAGAUUCUGCUGCUUCUUCUUUAGGGGACCAAGAGGCAGGUAGGCAGAGUCAGCCGGGCGGUGUCCUUCGCAGGUCCAGCUUCUCAGAGGGGCAGACAGUCCCUGUCGCCAACGGGACAAAGAAGAGCCACAUUCGCUCCCAUUCGGAUACUAACAUUGCCUCCAAAGGAACCACAGGAGGCCCCAGGAAUAUCACCAUUAUAGUUGAAGAUCCCAUUGCAGAGGGUGGUCAGUACCUGUGCUCAGGAGAAGGCAUGUUUCGAAGACCAUCAGAAGGACAGUCCCUCAUCAGUUACCUCUCCGAGCAAGACUUUGGCAGCUGUGCAGACCUAGAGAAGGAGAAUGCCCACUUCAGCAUCUCAGAGUCCUUGAUUGCAGCCAUCGAGCUGAUGAAAUGCAACAUGAUGAGCCAGUGUCUAGAAGAGGAGGAGGUAGAGGAGGAAGACAGUGACAGGGAGAUCCAGGAACUGAAGCAGAAGAUCCGCCUUCGGCGCCAGCAGAUCCGCACCAAAAACUUGCUCCCCGCGUACCAGGAGACGGAGCAUGGCAGCUUCCGGGUCACAUCCAGCAGCUCCCAGUUCAGUUCACGUGAUUCUACACAGUUCUCGGACUCUGGCUCUGCUGAUGAUGUCGACGAGUUUGAAAUCCAAGAUGCUGACAUCAGGCGGAGUACAGUCUCCAAUGGCAAAUCAUGCAUCUCCCAGAACUUCUCCCAUUGCUUCCUGCACUCCACAUCUGCUGAGGCAGUGGCCAUGGGGCUUCUGAAGCAGUUCGAGGGCAUGCAGCUUCCAGCUGCCUCCGAGCUAGAGUGGCUAGUUCCAGAGCACGAUGCCCCGCAGAAGCUCCUGCCCAUUCCCGACUCACUGCCCAUCUCACCAGAUGACGGGCAGCAUGCGGACAUCUACAAGCUGCGCAUCCGUGUCCGUGGCAACCUGGAGUGGGCUCCACCUCGGCCUCAGAUCAUCUUUAAUGUUCAUCCAGCUCCGACGAGGAAGAUCGCUGUGGCCAAGCAGAAUUACCGCUGUGCUGGCUGUGGCAUCCGGACCGACCCCGAUUAUAUCAAGCGGCUGCGGUACUGUGAGUACCUGGGCAAGUACUUCUGUCAGUGCUGCCACGAGAACGCCCAGAUGGUCGUCCCCAGCCGGAUCCUGCGCAAGUGGGAUUUCAGCAAGUACUACAUCAGCAACUUUUCCAAGGACCUGCUCAUUAAGAUCUGGAAUGAUCCUCUCUUCAAUGUGCAGGACAUCAAUAGCGCCCUCUACAGGAAGGUCAAGCUGCUCAAUCAAGUCCGGCUGCUGCGGGUUCAGCUGUACCACAUGAAGAACAUGUUUAAGACCUGCCGGCUGGCCAAAGAGCUUCUGGAUUCCUUCGACGUAGUUCCCGGCCACCUGACAGAGGACCUCCACCUGUACUCACUGAACGACCUGUCUGCCACCAAGAAAGGGGAACUGGGGCCCCGGCUGUCUGAGCUCACCAGAGCAGGAGCUGCGCACGUAGAGAGAUGUAUGCUGUGCCAAGCCAAAGGCUUCAUCUGUGAGUUCUGCCAGAAUGAGGAUGAUGUCAUCUUUCCUUUUGAGCUCCAGAAGUGCCGGACCUGUGAAGAGUGUAAAGCGUGUUACCACAAAGCUUGCUUCAAGUCUGGAAGCUGCCCCCGGUGUGAGCGGCUGCAGGCCCGGCGGGAGUUGCUGGCCAAGCAGAGCCUGGAGUCCUACCUGUCUGACUAUGAGGAGGAACCCACGGAAGCCUUGGCUCUAGAGGCCACUGUCCUGGAGACCACCUGAGGAAUGCACCUGACCCUUUGUCUGAGGGGCUGCCUAGGGUCAAAUGAUAUAGAACUGAGCCACGCCUCCAAGAAAGGUGGUGGGGCCUUUAAAAAUAUAUAUUGUCAUUUUUUUUUAUGACUUGUCUGCUGUCCAGGUGUAGGCCACCUUUAUUGGUUGGUGGGUCCAGUCUGUUGUGACAGAUAUCUGUGAGCACUGGGUACUUGAAUCAGAACUGCCGCUUGGAGUGCCUCUUGUCAGGGGAGUGGACAAGACUCAGUUCUUCUGUCAUGCUUGGCCUGUUCGACUAGGCCCAGAUCUGGUUACAGUUGCGGCUCAAGGAUCAUUCCCUCUAUUGACUUAGUGCCCUAGCUCCUGAGCCAGGCCCUGCUCAGCCGAUGCUCUUCUCCUUUGCGGCUGAAACAGGAGAAUGGAGUUUCCCGUCCCAGUCCUGAAAGAGAACAAGACUGUGCCCUGAGGCAUGGGAGAGAAUGGGCUACAUGGCGGGCAUUCUGUCCGACUGACUUAGGCAUUUGGGGGGCGGGUAAGAACAGAAUCAUUAUUGUCCCAGAAUCCUCGGAGACCUCAAGGAGGCAAGCAUGACUUCCCUGUCUCGUGUUCCAGGCACAGGUGGACACAAGCUGGCUUGUGUACUCUGCUGGGCUUGAGCAGAACUGAAUCUUAGGCCAGGCCCGUUCGUAGCCAGCACCAUGCGCAUAAGGGAGGCCACAGCUGAUGCCUAAGGAGCCUUUAUUGGGAUACAGGAUAAUGACGCCUCUUGGUGUUCAGGCUCUCAGUGACCAGCUUGUGUGCGGGUGUGCUUCCAGCUCAGGCAAGGAUAAAAGCCCCAACCGCCAUCCUAACAGUGGGUCCCUUACUGCUCUGUAUGGUUCUAAGCAGAGGCAUGACCCCACUCCAUUCUCUGUCCCCUUCUCCCAGCAGAGCUGGGGCCCUCCCUUUGGCUGAUCUCUUGCCUUAGAUUCUUUUCUCGGCUGGGAGAAGCCUGCCCACUUAGUAGCUUUAGAGAACUCGACAGUUUGUGAAUGUUUCUGUUUGCUCAGAGUAACAGGAGCCUUUAUGCCGUUUAUGCACUUAACUCCGCGGUAAUGUAUGUUGAACCAUCUAUUUCAUAUUACUGAUUUUAAUACACUCCUCCCCCAUCACUUAAUGUGCUUUCAGUGGGGUUUCCUAGACUAGGCCAGACACAUUUGUUGGGUGUUUGAACUGCCGCAGCGUCUAACUUCUGCGAACACUGGCCGGGGUUGCAUCUCAGAGCCCAGUGUUCUGGGAACUGCUGUCCACAGUGCUUUUGUUCUAGAACUGACUUCUUCCAUGUACCUGUCUUCCUAUAUUUGGUUGCUAGUGAGAUAACUGGUCCAGGAACUCAAAUAAAUUUGCACAUGGUUGGUAGAAGCUGACAGGUCCUGUGCUCGAGGGAACAAGGGGUCUCGCAGAGAAACAGAAGGGAUGUUGACGUGACAGCCACACGGAGCUCUAGCAAAGCAAGAAGAACAUGGCAGGACUGGCCCGUGGCACGGUUCCUCUGCCUCACAUUUGGGAACUGACAGCAGUGUUGGGCUGCAUGACUCGGACUGUUGGCUCAGUUGGUAGUGAGACAGAAAGCCGAGACCAAGGCUGUUUUGAAGGGCUGAUUAGGAAUCUCCCUUCCUUAAGGAGAUUUAGGAAUGAUCCCUUCGAACUCAAGUGUCUCUGAGUCAGCCCCCGGAUUCAGACUCUGGCUCCAGUUCCAGUUUGCGGCUGACUUCCCAUCCAGCUGCUCACUCUAGGUCACCGCUGCCGCUCAGGCUCCCUGUCCACACAGGCUCCAGCUGACCUCAGCCAUCACACUGACUUCUCAGUGACCCCACGUCCCCACCCCGUUCCUCUGGAUCACGUCUCUCAGUGCUCCUGAUUCUGCGCUGUCCUUACCUUCCGAGUACACACGUUUAUUUAUUUGGGAGUGGGGGAGAGAGCGGAGGUUAUGAAAGCACUUUGUCACUUAGCGGUUUGUGAGAGUCUCCCGCUGAGGGGAUUCUGAAGGCACUGAAGAGCGAGGGGGAGGGGAGCACCCUCUGUACAAAGGGAAGCAUUUGCUCCUGGGGUGGAGACAAGCUCCGGGGCACUCAGGGGUGUGGAAGCCCAGCCUCUGCACUUAGGGGGCUCUGACCAGCUUCCUCGGCCGAGGGUUGAGAGCUUUUGCUGAACUAACAGAAAGGGAGCAAGAGUCCAAAUGAAAACCUCCGUUUGUGUACAGCUUGUGUUUUGACUGGGUUUUCACCUGCUGUAAUCUGUGCACAUCCUAACUGUUCAUGGUCAUCUAAUAAACUAAGGAAAUUAAA